UAUCAAUAUUCAUGACGUCGAUUAAUAUUCAUUUGUGGUCUGUGCGUCACCAAGAUGGAUGCCGAGCGAGUGAAUGCGGGGCCUGAGGGCAGCGACUGGACAUUGGCCUCGGCUCCAACUCCAGGCCCAAAAACCGAGCCUGACCAACGGCUCCGGCAGCAGCAGCUACUCCGCAUCCUAGGUCACUACGAGCCCGUGCUCACUUACUGGCAGAGUGUGUUGGUGUGGGAGAGGCCGCUGCACAGCCUGGUUCUAUACUUCAGCGUCAACGCCAGCUUCUGGUUUCUGGCACUAACCUCGCUGAGACUUGUAUUCCUCACUGCAUUCGGUCUAAUAAUUAUUGUAUGUGCUGACACCUGGAAGACUAAAAUCUGGCCUGAACUCCAAGUGAUGCACAUGGAAGACAGUGAUGCUGAGAGCUGGGGACUUGUUCACCCAAAACUGCUCAGCGUACCUGAACUUUGUCACAGAAUGGCAGACCUUUCACUCAGUGCAGAGAGGUUUUUGAAGAAUUUGUACCAUUUUAAAAAACAAAAUCCUGGUAAGUUUUGUCUUCUGGUGUGUGGUGUGUUCACAUUCCUGGCUGUAAUUGGACGCUACAUUCCUGGUCUCUUCCUGUCCUACAUCAUUUUAAUUGGUAUACUGUUCUGGCCCCUGGCUAGUUAUCACCAACUGGGGCUAAAGAUUAAUUCCAGAAUUGAACCUGUGCUUAAGCGGCUGGAUUUCAGCAUGAAGGGAUACAUGUUGGCAAAACAGCAGGAAAGACAGUUACGUCGCCGAGCACCAGCUGUCAGAACUGCAGAUGAUGGAAGUGACAGUGAAGCUGAAUUAGCUGCCUUCUGCCCUAAGCUUGAUGACUCCAUAAUUGCUAAGGAACUGGAAAUUUCAGACUCUGAGCACUCUGACACUGAGGUAUCGUAUGCUGACAAUGGAACUUUCAACUUAUCCCGAGGGCAGACACCGAUAACAGAUGGCUCUGAAGAUCUUGAUCGUCAUAGUGACCCAGAGGAGUCAUUUGCAAGAGAUCUACCAGAAUUCCCAUCAAUAAACCCAAAUGUGGCUGGGUUGGAUGAUGAUGAUGAUGAUACUAGCCUGGGUAUUCCAACAGCUCCCUACCAAGCUUCGGCACAGGAAGAUGUGAGCUUGUUUUCAGAUCAGGAGGAUAUUGAUGUAGAUAUAUCCCUCAGUGGGCUGCCAUCACCUCUGAAUUUCACAGGCAGCCAAGGUUUAACUCUGGCAGGGGCACUAGCCAGUAAUAUGAUGGCAGCUGCACUAUCAGGAGCAGAUCGAGAGGCCCAAAUGGUGAGGGACAAUCCUCCAAGGUUUGCUUCACAGACCUAUCAUGAACACUCAGGUACAGAAAUGGACACUGAUGCAGAGGGGGAUGAUUUUGAACUGUUGGAUCAGUCAGAGCUGAAUCAAUAUGAGAAUAUCACUUCACAGGAUCGAGCCUCAAGACAACACUCAAAGGCAGGUUUCCUUUCAAAUUUCCUCCGAAAACAAUAGGUUUGUGGGUGUUGGUGUUGCCAAAUUAUAUCAUCCUGGACCCAGUAGACUUUUGUUGGAAGACGAUGUUGCCAUAAUCCCAUUGUUGCAAUAACACUGUCUGUUAUUCCUGCUGCUGUUGUGCAUAGUUUAACUAGUGGUUGCCUCUGGUUACUACUACUUCCUCGCAGUGGACAGAAAUUCACUGCUAAGAGAGAUGUAGCAUUUAUUGCUAUCUGUCAUUGCAGGUUUGUUUGGUGCCCCUUUCAGUUCAUUUGGUUUGAAAUGCUAUCAUCCCAGAUAGGUUGUUUUAAGGGAUGAUGAAGCCAUUCUGCACAGUGCACUUCCAAAAUUGUGCUAAUCAUCAUUAAGUGUUGUUGAUUUUUGACUUUGCACAGUUACUGUUUUGAGGGAUAGAAGUUCUUCAGAAGGAGUUUUGGUGGGACAUUACUUGUUGACAACACUAUCUCUAUUCAUAGAAGUAUCUUCUGUGUUCCUGGUUCAAAAAGUAAAAAAACUAACCAACAGAUUUUGUCAGCAACCAAGGUGUGGAGUUGGUGCAGGGUAAUCCAGACUUUAUUUGAUUAGUUGAAUUCUAGAAAAUACACCAUUUAGCACUUACUGACAAGCAUUAGGGAGUUGUCAAGUAAAGAGACUUAAUCGACUUUACAGCGUGUGUAAUGCAUUGAGCAACAAAAUUCUUCAUAAUCGACAGAUUAAAGUUGCUAUCAUUCAUUCAAAAUAGCAAGGUUGGAAAAAUUCCAGGAUAAAAGCUUUGAGCUUUGUCCUUAGCCAGAGACAAUAACUAAGUUGUUCAUAGGAAGAGGUGGCUAAGAUUUUUGGGAAUGUAUACGUAGAGUCAACUUUGCUGUUCUAUUUAUUCAUCACUAUAUAGAAAAGUUCAUAAUAUAGCAAAACUGAACAGAGACUAUUUAUAUAAUGGAGGCUUGGUUUUUAAACCCUAGUGAGGUUUGAGUGAGGAGAUUUGUGGGAUUUGGUGUGUUUAUCUCUUAUUUAUAAAUUGAUUAAUUCUCGGCAAUGAAAUACUUUUGAAUUUAAAUUGAUUUUUAAAUACACUUUAGAUGUCGCAAACUCCUUUAUUGUAUUGUGCUUUUGAUUUCUGUAACCAUGCAGCUUUUUGCUGCGGAAACAAUUUUUAAAAAUUCAUUUCAAUUUAAUUUUUUUCAAGCUAUUCCUUAAGAUCACUGCAUUCUACAGUUCUCAUUGGUGACCAGCUUUCCAGUUCUAACUGUUAUGCCGAAAAUGUACAUGACCAGAAUCAAGGGUUCAAAAACAGCUGAGUUGAGUUUGGGUUGUAUGCCGUGAGCUAACGCUGGAUACUGAUAGCAGAUAGAAAUACUUUUGUGUCGAAUGUCUAAAGACCCAAACUGUCAACAUGGAGGGGAGCUGCCUCUUUUGCCAGCUUUUAAAGGCAUCAGAGACAUAGCUAUAGUAAGGGAUUGGAUGUUGGAGGGUGCUGGAUUGGUUUACUGUAUCCCUCUGAGUCUGCAUUGAUGUAGCAUGCAUCAUUUUUCCAACAGUUGAGAAAUCCAGAUAUCAAACUUGAUAAAUAUGGAAUUCACUGCUAUACCUGUGCAAGUUGUCAGUGGAUAAUGCAGACAGUAUUCUGCUCCCUUUUGGAAUAUGCAGGUUCCCUAUAAGCAAAAGUACUCUGACUGCAGCAAUUAAAAUGUAAUGUUACAUUUCUUUCACUUCUUCACUUGGAGAAGGAAAAUAAUAAAUAAAGUAUUUUAUGAAAUAGAAAUUUAACAUUGCACUGAGUGACAUCGCAGUUUAAUGUGUUGGAGUAUGGUGUAACCCAAACCCUUGCACAUCCUUUUAAAGCUUAAAAUUUUUGAAUUCCUGUUCAUUAAUCUUUUUGAAACUGUUUUUAAAAAUGAAAUAUUUGAUAUUGUAAGACAUUACUUUGUUGUGUUGUAGCUUUUAGUGCAAAAUCAAAAUACUGCUGGAAGUAUUUAGUAAAAAUGAAUUGCUGGCGGCAGCAGUUGGUCAGAGCAGAAUUAACAUUUUAGGUUCAAGACCUCCCCAUAUUAAAUUUCUUAAUAUUCUGCUCUAGUUACACACUUAAUGUUGAGAGAUUGAGUGAUAUUGUUAAUGAUAUACUGGAUUAGCACUUGCUGAACAGGAACCAUUUGCUUACACACUAUAACAGAAACUAAAUAACGUCCAUCAUUGUAAUUUACAGAUUAUUAAGUGCUGACUCUAUCUUGGAAGAAAAUGGUCUUCCUUUCCAUCAUUGAUCUAGCCCUGCGUGGACUAAAUGCAAACUUUAGGGCUAUCUGGCUGUUGCAUGCACUGUACCUGUUGCAAGUGUUGUUUUGGGCAAUGAUCCUUGGUUCGGUUUUCCCAGGAAUGUAACUAUAGUCGUCAUUAUUUAGACUGAGCCAGUUAUUUCCAUUGUAAAGGGGAAGUGUAUUUCACACAAGAUUCUAGUAGCACCUAAAAUUGAAAAUAGCAAACAAUUGAUCCCUCAAAUCUUUUGAAUAUUGUAUGAAAUUAUGUACAUAUUGAUCUGUUUAAAAACUUCAGUAAGUUUAAAAAAAAUUCAGUGGUGAGCUUACGCUUGGAAUAUUUAUUUUGAGAUGACACCUCUCUGAGGACCCUGUGGUGUGUUUUGAAACCUCUUGCAGCCUGAAUAUUUUAAUUAGAAGCCCAGACAAUUAGAACUGGUAGUUAAAUAAUGCAAAAUGCAUUGAACUGUUGUGAGAUAUGUAAACGUGUAUUUUGAUGUUGUAUGAUCCUCAACGUCACUUUUUUGUGUAUUUAAAUAUUUCGAAAUGUUAAUUUUCAGAGUUUAUAACUGACCUGAUUCAUUUAAAAGUUUUGUAGAAAAGUCAUUGUUUAUUUUUGAACCAUUCAUUAAAACAAAUUUCUAAAAAUUA